GAAGGAAAAGGAGGUGACAAAAUGAGAAUGAAGAAUUUGCUAUUGCUUGGACUUGGGGGGAUUCGGGGCCCAACGGAACAUAGCAUAGUAUUUGAUGUUGAUGAAUAGUACGUAAUAGGGGUCACCCUCUAACCUCCAAUUCUCGUUCUCGCAGCAAACAAACAAACCCCCCACCCAACGCAUUCUUCAAUCUUCCCCUUCGCGUCUUUUGGGUGGUUUGGUUUAGGACAUUUCACAAACACCUCCUCUCCCCUCCAUUUUCCAUUUCCAUUAUUCUCUCCACUAUAAAUUCUCCUUCACUUUCUUUCUCGUAAUCUUCGCCUCCCUUCAACUCCACCCUCUCUCCUUCUUACCUCCUUGACCAUGAUGAGUUUCGCCAUGGAUUCAGUUUCGGUGUUAAACCCUAAACUCUCCCACUCCCAUUCCUCUCUCCCAUUCAGCAGGUUCCCCCAUUCCCUCAACUUCCACCCCUUACUCAAACCCCGCGCAGUUAACGCCGCCGUCCCCCCUAACGGCCUCGCCGCCUGCUUCCUCACCCUCCACCGACGGAAACCGUUAACCGUCGCUUUCACAGCUUCUCACCAAGACUCGGAACACAGAGAGAUUGAAGUGGAGAAGGAGCGUGACGUCCAUGCAGGCUCUGAAGAAUCUCAGGAAGCGUGGAAGCAGGUUCUGGAGACGUUUAGGGAACAGGCAGAGAAGUUUCAGGGCGUUUCUCAAGAGGCUUAUGAGGUGUAUUCUAAGAAGGCUGCUGUCAUUCUGACAGAUGCCACGGAGCAGUUAAAGGUGCUGGCAGAUAAGACAAAGAACGAGUUGAGUGUGGCAGCAAAGGAAAUCACUGACGAAGGGAAAGAGUAUUUGUCUGCAGCGGCGGAUAGUUCACCAGAGGUGAAGGAGAUUGUGGAAACGUUUACCUCACCGCCUGAGGAUAUUCAGAAAUUGUCUGGAGUGAGGGACUUCUAUGUUGGUGUACCUUAUGGUUUGAUGCUUUCUCUUGGUGGCUUCCUUUCCUUUAUGGUAACUGGCAACACUGCAGCGAUAAGGUUUGGGGUGAUUUUAGGUGGUGUCCUCCUGGCUUUAAGCAUUUUAAGUCUGAAAUCCUACAAAAAAGGACGCACCUCUCCUCUCGCUUUGAAGGGCCAAGCUGCUAUAGCAAGUAUAUUGUUUCUGCGGGAGAUAAGCUCAAUAGGCAAAGGAUCAUCUUAUUUCACUGCCUUGAUCAGUGGUGCAGUGGUGGCAUUCUAUAUCUAUAGAAUAGUACUGGAACGUAAUCAUCAAAAGAGCUCAAACUUGGAAACUGAACCAGGAAACUAGUUCUAUGAUGAGUGUAAAAAAUUGAAGAUCUGCAUGAAGAUCAGGUAAAAUACUGAAGAUCGAGUUGAAGAUAGUCAGUAAAUUUUGGUGAUCAUUUUUUAUCAUAUAGUUUUUCACGGGCUGGGUCAUCAAGACUAGAGACUCACUGCUAAGGGUUAUGGUUUCAUACCUUGAAAAACGGAGCUCGGAGAAUCUGGAAAUAAUUUCUAGUUGUGGUUUUUUUCUGGAAAAUUACUAAUAUCAUAUUAUGAGUAACCUUAACCGGUUACAGAUUCUAAUGUACAAGAAAAAAUUAGAUAUGGUGUUUAGGGCUUUGUCUUCUUCAAAUUGCACUUAUAAAACAUUAAAAUAAGUACCUGCUGCUUGCAUUUUUAACCCCACAAGUGAGUGAAAUUUAAACACUUAAUAGUUACGUAA